AUGCCAAAGAAUCGACCCGCAACCUCCGGCUAUGCCCGUUUGGCGCAGGAAGAAGAAGACCGAGCCCAUGAUCCUUAUGAUUAUUCAGACGACGACGACCUGCAGCAGGACUCCCAGACCAUCUCCCAAUCUGCUCCCCGAUAUGCCCCGAUCUCUGCACGAACCGGUCUGGCCUCGCCUCCCGAGCCGCGACGAAGACUGAGUGGACAGUAUCACCGGCGGGGACGGAGGAAUUCGGGCGUGGACAUAAAAGCCAUCAAUGCGCGCCUCGAGCGCUGGGCCGAAGAGAUUGCUUCCAAAUUCAAGAUCCAUCGAGUCAAGGGAAAGACGUUCGAGGAGGAGAAGCUAGAGAUAUACCACUCAGUCUUUCAGGCGCCCGAUGGGGUCCGGCCAGUCACGGCAGAAGUUCUCGAAUCCGAUGAGAUCGAGGGCGCUGCGCGGAGAGCUCGCGAAGAGUUCGAAGAGGUCGUGGAGAGUGUCCGCAUCGCGAUCGAGAUGGGGGUCCAUCCCCGCAUGAUUUCCCAGGGUAGUUCCGGCAGUUAUUUCGCUCGCAACAGCGAGGGUAAGGUCGUCGGAGUCUUCAAACCCAAGGAUGAAGAACCGUAUGCCUCUCGCAAUCCCAAAUGGACCAAGUGGAUUCACCGCAACUUAUUUCCCUGUUUCUUUGGGCGAGCGUGUCUCAUCCCGAACCUCUCCUAUGUCUCCGAGGCGGCGGCGUAUGUUCUCGACUCCCGGCUGCAGACCAAUCUCGUUCCAUACACCGAUAUCGUUUGGUUAUCCUCCAAGUCGUUCUUUUACGACUUCUGGGAUCGCAGAAAAGCCUGGAUGGGCAAAAAGUCCCUUCCGCCCAAGGCCGGUAGUUUCCAGGUCUUCCUCAAAGGCUACAAAGAUGCGAAUCUCUUCCUGCGCGACCACCCCUGGCCGGAUCAGACAAAUACGGGCUUUAGAGCAGAAGAUGCUCCCAAGCGAAAGAAGCGGCCUUGGAACGAAGCAUGUCGCCCGUCUGGGAUACACUCGGAUGACGAAGAAGAAGAGGAAUACCACGACGGCCAGACGCGCACACCAUCGCCGCGCGAAGAAAGCAGAGAACGGCGCUUCUAUUGGACGGAGAGCCUGAAGCAGUCAUUCAGGGAAGAACUCGAGAAGCUCGUUAUCCUGGACUACAUCAUGCGAAAUACGGACCGAGGACUAGACAAUUGGAUGAUCAAGAUCGAUUGGCGGACUGAGGAAGUUUCCAUCGUCGCCGAGGCGCCCAAGCCGAACGGAGCGCAGCAGACUCCUCAAGAUGAUGAUGACGAUGAUGACUUACCCCCUGCUCGCCCGGUAGCGGUCAAUUCAGACGGAGCGACUACUGCGCCUCACCCUUACCGAAGGCACGAGUCAAUGCUUGCGGUCAGUCGCACGGGGACUCCCUUAACCACUACUGAGCCCUACGCAACAAUCCAAAUCGGUGCCAUUGAUAAUAGUCUAUCCUGGCCAUGGAAACAUCCUGAUGCGUGGCGGAGCUUUCCAUUCGGCUGGCUGUUCCUUCCAGUCUCCCUGAUCGGUCAACCAUUCUCGCAGAAGACUCGUGAUCAUUUUCUACCACUUCUGACCUCGACUGCCUGGUGGAGCGGCACACAGAUGGCUUUACGUCGUGUCUUCUCACAGGAUGAUGAUUUCAAGGAAAGCAUGUUCGCGAGACAGAUUGCAGUCAUGAAGGGUCAAGCGUGGAAUGUCGUGGAGACGUUGAAGCAUCCCGACCAUGGACCACUUGAAUUGACCAGGAGAACGCGGGUCUGCGUCUGGGAUGAUCUCGUGGAUGUGCCGGUGGCGAUUCCCCUCCGCGGCCCCUCGACGGAAGCACAAAGACGCAAAGUGAAGAGCUACGAAAAUUACGACAAACACAGCACUUAUGAUCCCGAUAAUGAGGAAAUGGAUAUUGGUGCCUCUAUGUCCCUGGGAUCAGGGCCUGAGGUCGACCUCCUUGGACUCAGCUCGCCUGCCAACGAAUUGCCAAAUCCCAACAGGUUCGAACUCUCCAGAGGGCGCGGCUCCGCGUCGGGCCAUGACAGGGCGCUCUCCGGGAGCCCGGCCACCAUGGAUGACCGGUAUGGCCGCAACAGCAUUGACGAGCUGAGUCAUGGCAGAGACCUGGAACGCAGCUGGGCCACGCUUCCUCCUCGGCCAGGUCACCGACACCAGAAACACAACUCCGUCUCGAGCAACCGUGGCCAGGCCCACCUGCUCUGGAGCAGCGAUGAUCUUGAGGGUGAUCUUGGAUAUGCAGCCGCGGAAGGCAUGGAAGGCAACCAACGGAAAGUGAUUGUCGAACGGCUCGAGGCCGUCAAAAGCAAGAAUCCUCCCGAGCUCGAAGUAUCCCCUCACCACUCCCACCCAGACCCCUCACCCAUGGCUGCUGAAACCCCGCACGCCGAAGGACCUUCGUCUCCAUUGCUCUUUUCGACGAUGCAGAGCCCUUCCCCUCCCCAUAACAUCCUUGGACCAGAAACAGAAGACUCAUCGUUCCCAGGAUCAUCGAAGACUCAACCGGACCCUUCCUCCACACUCGCCAGCCCGCGCAGCUCCGCCUCUUCCAUCGCCCCGGCGGGUACCGCUUCCGCAGCACAUCUGCUCCUCAGCAGCCCGCGCCGGCGGCAGCCGCGAGGAGGCAGCUCGAAAUCCACCUCGGCCUCGAAUAUGUCAACAUCGCGAUCCGGGACACGCACCCCUUCGCUGGUGGACGAUGCGGGGAGCGUUUCGUCGCAGGCCCCUCAGGUUGCGCCCACCACGAUCGACGUCGAAUUUGUGAGCGCGAGUCCGGACUUUGACGAGGGCGAUCGCAGGAGCAUCAAACGCGGCUCAGAACACCUCGAUGUUGAUGAUGACGUCACUGGCGCGCGUCCUGGGAGCUUCAUUGAGGAUAUGUAUGGCGUGGAGAGACGUGUGAGGCAGCCGAUCAAGAAAAUCAAAGCAGAGAGGGACGAAGAAGUGAAGCCAGGGAAGACAGAUACGAACUUUAGUGGCGGUGGAAACUCGGAACUAGGAUCUUGGAUGAAAGAGGGGCGCGAUCAGGCGGAUUCGUCUUCGUCUGCCGCGAACGUCGUGGACUUGACGACCGAUGUCUCGGCUGUAGCGACCGACGACGAUGAGAUUCAGGUUACAGGGUCUAAUGAUCUCAGUCUACAGAGGGUGUGUUAUGGAAAGAUUGAUGGGGCGACGAUCCAAGCACAGCUGGUUCCAAAACCUUCCGCUCAUGCGCUUUUCGCAGCCUCGCAGCAUGACUGGCCGACGAUCAAACUCGGGGUCCAUCGAAAAACGCGCGAGAACAAUCGGAUUGAAGUAUCCGAUCCGAACGGGAAGAUAUUCGGUGCAGUUGAUGCUCGGACAGCCGGAGUUGUUGUGCCUCUGUUGGAUUCGUCUGCCUUAAAGGUGGAUCUAACUGCACGGCUAGACUUUCGAAGGAGAAAGGAUAAUGAGUGGCCAUGGGCACCCUGCUCCGAGACCUUUCGGGCCUCUAUCAAUUUAUACGGUCUCCGCAAAGAUGCCACCAUGGUCGGCAAGCACCUCGGACAGCAUAACGUAUGGCUUACAACGCCUAACGCGGUGGAACAAGGCGUGCCGACGCUCAAUCCUCAUGCGGAGAUGCGGAGGGCUCAGGCUACGUUCAAGCCAUCGGCGGCCGCUAGAGGUCGCGUAGGGGUCAGCUACGAAAUGCGGACCGCCGAAGAAGUCAACGAUGCAGUAAUGAAGAUGUUCGAUCAGCUGCAGAGCAAUGACAACUUGCCUGAGAUGGAGCCUCCUUCUGGCGUGGUGACCCCGUUGCUUCGUCAUCAGAAGCAGGCGCUCUGGUUCAUGACUGAAAAGGAGAAACCGCGCACCUUUGGUCCCAAUGAGGCAGACAACAAUUCCCUGUGGCGUAGGGAUUACGGGGCCGGCGGAAGGAGAAAAUACCGCGAGAUCAUCAGUGGGACGGUGCUCGACGAAGAGCCUCCGCAGAGCUUGGGUGGGCUUUUGGCCGACAUGAUGGGUCUCGGCAAGACACUGAGCAUACUCUCGCUGGUUGUGAGCUCGUUGGAUGAGUCUUGCCAGUGGGUUGGGCAGAUCCCCGAUCCGGCGCUGGUCAAAAGCCAUCCGGGCAUCCGCAAUACGAAGACAACCUUACUGGUGGCGCCCCUCAGCGCGGUCAACAACUGGGUGGCGCAGAUCAAAGAACAUCUCCGUGACGAUGCCAUUUCGUACUACGUUUUUCAUGGCUCUGCUCGGACCAACGACGUGGAAGAAUUAUCCAAGUAUGACCUGGUCAUCACGACGUACAGUAUCAUCCUCAGUGAACUGUCGGGGAGAGGAGCGAAGCGAGGGGUGAGUCCGUUGACCAAGAUGAACAUGUUUCGCAUCGUCCUGGACGAAGCGCAUACCAUCCGCGAACAGAGCGCGGCCCAGACGCAGGCCAUCUUCAAGCUCAACUCGCAGCGUCGCUGGUCAGUGACUGGAACGCCUAUCCAGAACCGCCUGGAUGAUUUAUUUUCGGUCACGAGAUUUCUGGGUCUUUACCCCUACGACGAUCGCAGUCGCUUUGGCAUGCACAUCCUGAGUCGCUUCAAGAUGGGCGAUGCCACGGUGCUGGCUAGUCUGCGGGUGCUUGUUGAUUCAUUUACGCUGCGCCGCGUCAAAGACAAGAUUGACCUUCCCCCGCGUCAAGACCUGAUUAUCAUGUUGAAAUUCUCCGAAAAGGAGCGACAGCUGCAUGAGUUCUUCCGGAAGGAGUCGAAUGUCAUGAUGCGGGUGAUCGCCGGCGAAACGAAAUCGCAGAUGAAGGGACGCAUGUACCACCAUAUUCUGAAAGCCAUGAUGAUUCUACGGCAGGUCAGCGCCCACGGCAAGGAGCUUCUCGACCCGGACGACCGCAAGCGCAUCAAGGGGCUGAGCGUCCAGGACGCGAUCGAUCUGGAGGAAGGGGUGACUGGCGACAGCAGUGGCGCCGUCGACAAGAAGGCCUACGAGAUGUUCACGCUCAUGCAGGAGUCCUCGGCCGAUACCUGCGCCACGUGUGGGAAGCGGCUCGAGGAGCCCAGCUCCUUUAAUAAUACAGUCGACCGCCAAGCGCCGGUGGCCAUUGUGCUCCCCUGCUUUGACGUGCUGUGCCCGGACUGCUUCGCGGGGUGGAACCAUGCCUUCGAGCAAGCGCAGUCGCGCCAGGUCCCUGACCUCCGGUGCCAGGUCUGCGACGGCUGGAUCCCUGCCUCGUACUCCGUCAUCACCGUGGGCGGGUUGGUAGAUUACGUGGUGGAGCAGGCGCGCGCAAAGCAGAGCCGCAAGCAGGCGAAAACGCUGGGGGAGUACGAAGGGCCGCAUACCAAGACCAACGCGCUGGUCGCGCAGCUGCUCACGACCGCCGAGGAAAGUCAAACCCAAAGCUUGGAGCGGCCGUACAAGAGCGUGGUCUUCUCGGCGUGGACGUCGCAUCUGGAUUUGAUUGAGAUCGCGCUGCGCGACAACGGGCUGACGGGGUUCACGCGGCUGGACGGGACGAUGACACUGUCGGCGCGCCACAAAGCGCUCGAGGAGUUCCAGCACAAUGACACGAUUACGGUACUGCUGGCGACGAUCGGGGCAGGCGGCGUGGGGCUGAAUCUGACGGCGGCGUCCAAGGUGUAUAUCAUGGAGCCGCAGUACAACCCAGCGGCGGUGGCGCAGGCAGUGGACCGGGUGCACCGCAUCGGGCAGACACGGCCGGUGACGACGGUGCAGUUCAUCAUGACGGACAGCAUCGAAGAGAAGAUCUUUGAGUUGGCGAAGAAGAAGCAGCAGCUGGCGGAUCUGAGUAUGAACCGGGGGAAGUUGGACAAGCGAGAGGUGCAGGAGCAGCGGAUGCACGAAUACCGGAGUUUAUUCAAGUGA